CCUAUUUUCUCCCUGGUCUCCCAAUACGGCAAUGCCCUUUCUUCCUCCUUCAAAUAACGAACUGCCUCCCUCGAUCCACAGAUUCAAACAAAACAAACCCACACACCUGCCGCAAGAACUCAAGAAGGGGCCCUGUGAAGAGCGCGACAGGCUUUCCUUCGAUUUCCUUGUUGCUCUCGUCGUCGGUUGGUCCUCUCGCUCCCGCCGCUCUAGAUCUCUCCGACGUUCCGUGGACUUAGUUUUGCCGACCUAUAAAGCGGGGCGGCUUCCACAUUGGGUUCUUGAAGUCCCCUUCCUGGAGGUCCUGCUUCCUUCUUCCCAAUAAUGGCUGCGGCUACAUCUCAUCAUACCAUAGUGUCUAUACAAUCCCACCGGUGGAAUGACAAGAACUCUAGUAUGGAUAAAAGAGCGGCCAAUGUGGGUUUGGUUUCAGUUGCAAGUUGCUGCUCAGGAACCCGAAAAUUGGGUUUGGUUUGUGCAUCGGGCUCAACAUCUUCAGUCAUCGACCCGGUUCGGCUACUCUCGAACGGCAAGGGUGACCACACCCCUAAGAAAUCAAGCGAAAGUACCCUUAUAUUGAUCCGGCAUGGUGAAUCGAUGUGGAAUGAGAAGAAUCUGUUUACUGGCUGCGUCGAUGUGCCUCUGACACCGACAGGUGUCGAGGAGGCCAUCGAGGCAGGUAAGAGAAUAUGCAACAUCCCAAUCGAUGUAAUAUUUACGUCAGCAAUGAUUCGUUCUCAGAUGACUGCAAUGCUUGCCAUGAUGCAGCAUCGGCGAAAGAAGGUUCCAAUCAUCACGCAUAAGGAGAGUGAACAACCUCACAGUUGGAGUCAGAUAUACAGUGAACAUACAAGGGAACAAUCUGUUCCUGUCAUAACAGCUUGGCAAUUGAACGAACGAAUGUACGGUGAGUUGCAAGGUCUUAAUAAGCAAGAAACUGCAGAACGGUUUGGUAAAGAACAAGUUCACGAAUGGCGUCGUAGUUAUGAUAUUCCUCCUCCAAACGGCGAGAGCCUAGCGAUGUGCGCAGACAGAGCUGUCACUUAUUUCAAAGACCAGGUAGUUCCUCAACUCAUAGCUGGAAAGCAUGUGAUGGUUGCUGCACAUGCAAAUUCACUUCGAUCAAUUAUAAUGCAUCUCGACAAAUUGACUUCUCAGGAGGUAAUAAGCCUUGAGUUAUCAACAGGCAUUCCUAUGCUUUAUAUAUUCAAGGAAGGGGAGUUUAUUAGACGAGGGAGUCCAGCAGGACCUUCUGAAGCAAGCGUUUAUGCUUAUACUAAGAACUUGGCGCAGUACAGACAGAAUCUUGAUAGUAUGGUUCAGUAAAAGGUUUUGUACAUUAGAAGUGGCAGGGAUAUUUGGCCAAUAUGCCAUUGUUUUGCAGAGGUCAGGGAGAUAUUUUAGAUCACAACCAUUUCUUGGUGGGAGUUACAAGGGUAAAAUCAUCACCCAGGAACUUCCUUGUGUAACAACGGAAUCUUGUAGUAUAUUAAAUUGAAUUCAUAGAAGAGGACAAUACAACAUAUUUUCCACAAUUUUGUUUUCUCAAACUUCAUGUGGAUAAACUAGCCUAUUUAAAUAUGUGGGGACUAUUGAAAUCCUGGUUUCCAAAAGUAAAACUGUUGUCGCUUCUCUACCCAGGAGAUAGCAUGGACCCAAUUGAUUAAAAAACAACUGUAAAUGUUCAUGGUCAUGACUCAA